AAUCCACAGCAAACUUCAGAAGCAAAAUGGCGCGUCUCAAAAGUUUUCUAGUCUUUGUUUUCUCCCUUGCGGCCGCUUCUUCAAAAUGCAUCACGGAUGUGGACAGCGCAAAAGUUGAAUUGGAAGAAUACAUAUCUUUUACAAUCCCUGAUAUAAAUCCACGGUACAGGCUUCACUACCAUGUCAUGCCACCUGUCGGUUGGAUGAACGAUCCAAACGGAUUUUCGUACCACAAAGGGGAAUUCCAUCUUUUCUAUCAAUACUAUCCGUAUGAUAGUGUUUGGGGCCCUAUGCAUUGGGGCCAUGCUUCUAGCUAUGAUCUCAUCCAUUGGAACCAACUGCCAACAGCUCUUUUGCCCGGGGAAGAGCAGUGCUUCUCUGGCAGCGCAGUUAGUGUUGGCGAUACUAUGACGUUGAUGUACACAGCUCACGUGGUGACAGAUGUGGAGCCGUACUACAAUGAGAGUCAAUAUCUAGCAUUCAGCGAUGAUGGAGUUUACUUCCACAAAUAUGCUGGUAAUCCUGUUCUGCCCGCUGCACCAAAUGGAUCUCCCGACUUCCGAGAUCCUAAAGCAUGGAGAUAUGGAAAUGAUUGGUAUGUUAUACUCGGUAGCAAAACAUUAGACCAACGCGGGAGAGUUCUGCUGUACAAGUCUAAAGAUCUGAAGGAUUGGGAGUUCUUAUCUGUGAUAGGUGAAUCGCAAGGAGAUAUGGGAUACAUGUGGGAAUGCCCUGAUUUCUUUGAACUAGACCGUAAGUUUGUUUUAUUGAUGUCCCCUCAGGGAAUGAAGCCGGAAGGCGAUCGAUACAAGAAUACGUUCCAGAACGGUUAUAUCAUCGGCAGCUUUGACUAUGAGACGUACGAAUUCCAUCCCGAAAUUGAUUUUCAAGAAAUCGACUUUGGUCAUGACUUUUACGCAGCGCAAACAACGGAACAUAAUGGAAAGCGGUAUUUAGUGGCGUGGUUUAGCAUGUGGGAAGUUCCUCAUCCAGAAGACGUGGAUGGUUGGUCAGGAGCUAUGACAAUAGUUAGAGAGCUGAAGCGAGUAGGAGAUAAAAUUAUAAUGAAACCUUUGGAUGAUAUGAUCAAGUUACGACAUCAUACGGUUAUGGACGGUCGUCUAUUGCCCCAUAAAGUUGUUAAGUUGCCGCAAGCCACAGAACUGAUUGUUGAAGCAAACAUGAAUCAUAAAGUAGAGCUAUUUUUGCAAGGUGUUGAUGGAGGUGGCAUGGUGUGGAUCAGAUGGGAUCCUGUAGUUGGAAAAGUUUCUGUGGAUAGAGGAAAAGGAGACGUAAGGCAAGUGGAAUGGUUACCUAACGCAUACAGCACAUGGAGGAUCUUCUUAGAUGCAAGUAGCUUGGAACUGUUUUGUGGAGAAGGAGAAGUCGUUUUCAGCAGCAGAGUCUAUCCCCUUGGUGGAUGGAAAUUGACAAAUAUGAGCCGCCAAUCUUUGAUAAUAAAAGCCUUCCAUUUAAAACGCAGUGUUCCAGCUUAAAUUAAUUAAAAUAUACUAGAUGUAAUAGAACAAGAUUUCACAGAAUUUCUCGCUGAAAUUCCCAUAUUUAUUCUCUGUUAUAAUAAAAAUGUUGGAUAAUA